AUGUUAGCCAAUCAAAAUCUUUAUAAGUGUUACAUACAAGAAGUUCAAGGACAAUCGCAAGGCGGAAAAUUAAGUCGCAUGGACUCAGAAGUCGGUUGUGUAACGUCUACGUACACAUCUACUAACCCAGAGCUGUAUUUCCGUGAUGGUAAACGCAGAACUGAUUAUGUCCUUGCUUAUCGGUUUUCCACGUCGAAAUAUCAUGAUCAAAGUCGACGCCUCUUGUUUCUCAAUGAACUAGCAAAGCAGAAAAUCGAAAUUGAAGUUGAAGAUUCUAAUGGUAAUCUACUAGGUGCUACUGUAGCAUCAAAUGAAGAUGAUUUUCCAUCAUUAACUCUCAAACCAUCAUUUAUACAUGUACAAAAUAGUGCACCUCUUCAACCAGAAGAACAUACUGAAUCUUUAAUGCCUAAUUCAUCUAUUGAUUAUAUAGAACCAGAUAAACCAACAGAUACAAGUCCACCAUCAUGCAUGGAUCGUUAUCGUCAACAAGCUUUAGAUGAUAAAACAAUUUUGAUGACUCCAGAUAAUUUAGUCUUUGUUAAAUUACAUGCUUCAUGGGAAGCAAUGACAUAUUAUGCAGAAUAUUUAAAAAUGCGUAAACCACUUCGUCAACUGGUAAACCCAACACCUAAAACGUCUGUUUUUAAAGAUUUUCUUAAGUGUUUACGAACGGACAAAAAUAUUAUCAAACCAAUCGAUACAUGUUACACUUGGCCAUUUUCCAUGAAUAGGCAAUACUUAUUUGAUAUACCAGAAAAUAAAGAUGAAUUUUUCACUGCAGUUGAACGAGCUCUUGUCUUAGAUCAUAUUCUACGGCGUACGGGUUAUAAAUCGGAGGAUUUAGUGAAUACUGAAGAUCUAUAUGAACCUAGCAUUAGUGAUAUUGUAACGAGUCAUGAUCUUGCAGAUGAAAAUUCAGGAUCAUCAAAUCAAGCAAAUUCAUUGUAUGUAAUGGCGACAAAAAAUCUAGGCAUAACUAAAUUGAUUUCCGAUGGAAUUUUCUCAGCUGCUUAUCCAUUACAUGAGCCAACUAAAAAGUUAUCAUUAAUAACUUUACAACAAAACACAAUAACUCCCAGUUGUUAUGGGCCUGCUGGUAGUACUCUAGAGCCGACCGAAUUCAAUAAUCGAAUCUUACUUCAACGUUAUUGGGCUUCAUAUAAAAUGUUAUUUAAAUGUCAACCUAUGAGUUAUAUUAGAUAUUAUUUCGGAGAAGCUGUGGCUUUCUAUUUUGCUUGGCUUGGUUUCUACACAGCUUGGCUUUUACCAAUUGCAAUAUUGGGAAUUAUUGUUUUUCUAAUUGGUCUAUUGGAUUUAAAAUCCGACUCGAUUAUCCAUGAAGUAUGUGAUCUCGGUCAAAACAUAUAUAUGUGUCCACUAUGUAAAUCACCGAAAUGCGAAUUUUGGACUCUAAACAGAUCUUGUUUACGCACUAAGUUAAUGCGUUUAGUGGAUCAUGAAGGAACUGUUUUAUUCGCUGUGGUUAUGUCUUUGUGGGCUGUAAUAUUUUUCGAAAUGUGGAAACGUAAGCAAGUCUCAUUAGCUUAUCGUUGGAAUGUAUACUCACUAGAACCAAUGCAUCAACCGCCGAGACCAGAAUUUAUGGCAUUACUUAGUAAAAGGUGUCCUCGUAAAGUGAAUUCCUUAACUGGAUAUGUGGAACCAUUUAUUCCAUUUUGGCGACGUAAAGUACCAAUUAUCUUGGUCAGUUUCUCUACUGUUCUGUUAACUGUGAUACUCACAUUAGCUUUUCUUGUUGGUGUGGUUUUGUACAAAUUAGUGAUCAAAGCGAUUCUAUACCGUCAUCAUAAUCCAAUGGUACAAAGUACUGCUGGUAUGAUUGCUACUAUGACUGGAUCUUUUGUUAAUUUAGUGACAAUAUUCUUUUUAAAACUAAUUUAUGAUCGUAUGGCUACUAAAUUAACUGAUAUUGAACAUCAUCGUACACAAGUGGAAUAUGAUAAUAGUUUAACGCUAAAAUUAUACCUAUUACAAUUUGUCAAUUAUUAUUCAUCAAUAUUUUAUAUUGCAUUUAUACAAGGUCCAACAUCAGCUGUUCCUGGUAGUGAACAUAUAUUAAUUCAGUCAACUGGUUGUGACCAAGGUGAUUGUCUGUUCGAAUUAUUCAUACAAUUAGUUAUAAUUAUGGUUGGUAAACAAAUAUUUGGUUUUAUCCAGGAAUCUUUAAUGCCUGUUCUAUGGAAAUUAGUUUUUAAAUUUCGUUCAAUGGAACGUUCAUCUAAUUAUGUUAAUCAUAAUCAUAAUAUGAAUAGUAUAAAUUUUAAUGAAAGCAAUCCAGUGACUACUUCUCUUUUACCAGCAAAAUAUAGUUCAUUGAGUGGACGAAAUAUUCUAUGUCGUGCUGAUUUUAAUAUGUUAGAUCCUGGAUCUAGACCAUUGUUUAAUGAGUACUUAGAAAUGAUGAUUCAAUAUGGAUUCAUCACCAUGUUUGUCCCUGCAUUUCCACUUGCACCCUUAUUUGGUUUAUUAAACAAUCUGUUUGAGAUUCGUGGUGAUGCUAAAAAAUUGGUGAAUCAAUAUCGUCGUCCAGUUCUUGAAAGAGUUCAAACAAUUGGUAUAUGGUUGUCGAUCAUCACUGUUCUCGCAAGCAUUGCUAUUAGAACUAAUGCUUGUAUUAUUGCAUUUACUACACAAUUUAUUGACCGAUGUGUAUACCGUUAUACUUAUAGUCCAGAUGGUACGAUGAAAGGUUUUGUGAAUUUCACUCUCUCCUAUAUGUCUACAACUCGUUUUGAUGUUCCAACUAAUGAAACUUAUUGCAGAUAUGAUGCUUAUCGUUCACCCCCUUGGUCAUCAGAACCAUAUGUAUUCACUUCAAUUUAUUAUCAUGUUCUAGCAGCUAAAUUCAUUUUUGUUUUCACUUUUGAAACCAUAGCAACUAUUCUAACUAAUGUGAUCAUGGCAGCUGUACCGGAUGUUCCUAAACGUGUUAGAAGGAAAAUAUUUCAUGAAAGCAAUAUUACAAAUGCAAUUAUUUUAAAUGCAGAAGUUGGCAAUCAACAAUAUAAUAAUGCAAUUACUAAAGAUGUAAACUUUCAAAAAAUUGUCUUGUUAAAAGAACAACAUGAGAAACUUCAAAGUAGUAAUUAUAAUAUUAAGAAUAAUGAAUUGAUUGCGAACAAUGAUCGGGAAGGAAAUAAUGAUAGAAAUAAAUUACGUUCUCAAUCACUUGUUUAUAAAUAUGUGAGUUUUGAAAGAUUAUCACCUGUUACACCGUCAACACAAUCAAUACGUCUUAAUGUGCCCAAUUUACAUGAUAAUCGACCAUCUAUUGGAUUCGAGAAUUUAAACAAUCAUAAUAACAGUAAUGUUACGUUUAACUUCGUCUUUCGAUUUAAUCUUCACAUGAAGUUAACAGAUACAUGCAGCAAACUCUAUAAACGCUCUACAACUCAUUUCCCGGACCUUCAAUACUAUAAGUAUGAUUUUCGCAGAGCUACGGUUCUUAAAAAUUCAGUGGUUGGAAAAGGUGAUAGAACAAAAAGAGCUGUCUGUGUCGAAGAAAUGUUAGCAAUGUUAGCUUGUUUGAAAGAAAGUGAUUUUGAUCAACAUCCUUGUACUCAAGUGAUAGACACAUUCAAUAGAUGCGUUCAUGUAAUGGAGGAUAAGCGGAGAGCAACUAGGGAUGGACAAAAGCCAGAAAUUGUAUCACCUACUGACAGUUCUCGUAGACCAUUUAAUCGAUUAUCAUCAAAACAAGUUACUGAACUUCUAAGACGUUUCCCUGAACCUUAA